AUGGAGCUUGAGGUGGUCCGAGAGUUGGACCGUGAGUAUGAGCAUCAGGAGCAGGGGCAGGGUGGAAGGCAGCGGGUCUCAUUAGAGUUGAACAGCCAAGAAAAAAACCUCAUUGCACAGUUUCUUCUACAGCAAAGUAAAGCUGGAGUGCUGCCAAGAGGUUCCUUUACAGAGGCAGCCAAAAUAUUCAACAUCCAUAAAAGGACAGCACUGAGAAUUUGGAAGAUCAGCAAGCAGCAAAUAGACAGAGGGGAACCUGUUAUGAUGCAAGGCAAAGCAACAGGUUAUCAACACAAAGAUAAACUCAUGCUAGAUGAAGAAAAGUUUAGAAACCUGUCCAUGCUUGAGAGAUCAACAAUAAGGAAGGUUGCUUCUAGGAUGGAAAAUUGCAGGAUGAAAUGGUGUCUUGCUCAUAUUCAGCCAACAUUAGCUGAAGGUAAACUUCUUUACCAUUCAAUGCACAACAUUGUUCAUAUUGACGAGAAAUGGAUCUACAUGACAAAGACAUCAGAUAGAUACUACCUUUUGUCGGAUGAGGAUGUGCCUUACAGGUCCUGUAAGUCCAAGAGAUUCAUCACUAAAGUGAUGUUCAUGGCUGCUGUUAGUAGGCCACUUAUUGGCAGUGAUGGAGAAAUCAUAUUUGAUGGUAAAAUAGGCUUAUUCUCAUUCACAGAGGAAGUACCAGCCAAAAGAAGUUCAAAGAACAGGCCAAAAGGGACAAUUAAGACAAAGCAUAUUCAAUCAAUUAACAAGGAAGUAACGACAGCUUGUCUCCUAAACCAGAUUAUACCAACAAUCAAGGCCAAGUGGCCAGCCAAUGCAAGCAAGAAGAUUUUCAUCCAGCAAGAUAAUGCCAAACCUAACCUAAGAGCUGCUGACCAACAGUUUGAGUCACUUGCUAGUACUGAUGGGUUUGAAUUCCAUCUAAUUAGCCAACCACCCAACUCAGAAAAGCUUAAUCACAGGGCAUAUGGACAACAACACAAUGCAUAG